UAGCCAUCAAUAUCUCUCUCUCUCUCUGUGAACUGUUAAGCCAGCAAAAGCUCCCUCGAAGCUUCAGGAACAAACUGGGCUACAAAGACUGCAUGUAAUAGAGAAGGGCAACUUCAAGACUUGGCUUGGCAAACAUAUAUAACCCUUUUACACUUAUGUAACAGUCUUUGCAUAUUUAAGGCUUGAGUUUUCUGUUGAAUCAUGAGUGCAAAGGGACCUAAAUUUGUGAGGUUUGAGGACUGGAGAUCAGAGGCAUCUUUUAGUACAGAGCAGGAAGGUUCGGUUAACAAUGGAUAUCAGAAAAGAAAAGGUAGACCAAGUGCAAGUUCUGUUUUAAAGAGUAUAAGAAGAAGAAUCGAGAGUGGUUCAGAGAAGAUCAAGAACUUGAGAAGACCUUCAGCUGUUCAUCCUGUAAGCGAUGGACAAACCAAAAAGCUGGCUUCUAAGUCCAAAAUUCUUGAUCCACAAGGGCCAGUCCUUCAGAAAUGGAACAAAAUCUUUGUAAUCACAUGUGUGAUGGCAGUCUCUGUGGACCCGCUGUUCUUCUACACUCCAGUGAUCAAUGAAAAUCUCAAGUGUCUUGAUCUGGAUGGAACAUUGCAGAUUACAGCUAGUGUUCUUCGCACGUUCUUUGAUCUUUUCUACAUUCUUCACAUAAUCUUUCAGUUUCGAACAGGGUUUUUUCCUCCUUCUUCUCGUGUUUUUGGAAGGGGUGAGCUUAUUGAUGAUCCUGUGGCUAUAAUGAAAAGAUACUUAUGUUCGUACUUCAUCAUUGACAUUCUAUCAAUUAUUCCACUUCCACAGGUGGUUGUUUUAGCUAUUGUCCCAAGCCUGAAAACCUCACUUCCAUUCGUAGCAAAGGAUUUGUUGAAGUAUAUAGUAUUAAUCCAGUAUGUGCCAAGACUUGUGCGGAUCUAUCCACUAUUCAAAGAAGUAACUAGAACUUCUGGCAUAUUGACUGAGACAGCAUGGGCUGGAGCUGCUUAUAAUCUUUUUCUCUAUAUGCUAGCAAGUCAUAUUGUUGGAUCCAGCUGGUAUCUGCUUUCAGUAGAAUCAGAGGUGCGGUGCUGGAGCCGAGAGUUGAAGAAUGCUUCCCUCUUUCAUGAAUCAUACUUGGGCUGUGAACACGGCAAUCAAAAUGUCAUAUCACUUCUCAAUAGUACUUGCUCUUUCAUUGACCCUGAUCAAAUCCAAGACCCAAACGUCUUCAAUUUUGGAAUAUAUUUCGAUGCUCUAGACUCACGUGUGGUAGAAUCAACAACAGAUUUUCCGCAGAAGUUCUUCUACUGCUUUUGGUGGGGAUUGCGUAAUUUAAGUUCUCUUGGACAAAACCUCAAGACAAGUACUUAUGUCGCGGAGAUAAUCUUUGCAAUCUUCAUUGCCAUCUUUGGAUUGGUUUUGUUCUCAUUACUUAUUGGAAAUAUGCAGAAAUAUCUGCAAUCUACAACAGUUAGAGUUGAAGAGAUGAGAGUGAAGAGGAGGGACGCAGAACGAUGGAUGUCCCACCGUAUGCUACCAGAGAACUUGAAGGAAAGAAUCAGACGGUAUGAACAAUACAAAUGGCAAGAAAAUAGGGGUGUUGAGGAGGAGACAUUGAUUCGUAACCUCCCUAAAGAUCUCAGAAGGGACAUAAAGCGUCAUCUUUGCUUAGCUUUACUUAAAAAAGUGCCAUUGUUUGAGAAAAUGGAUGAGCAGUUGUUGGAUGCGUUGUGUGAUAGACUGAAGCCAGUACUUUAUACGGAGAAGAGCUACAUUGUUCGUGAAGGAGAUCCAGUUGAUGAGAUGCUUUUCAUUAUGCGUGGAAAAGUUGCUACUAUGACAACAAAUGGUGGAAGAACUGGUUUCUUCAACUCCUUAUUUCUCGAGGCUGGUGACUUCUGUGGAGAGGAGCUUCUAACAUGGGCUUUGGAUCCCAACUCCUCCUCAAAUCUACCCACUUCAACUAGAACAGUAGAAACUAUAUCAGAAGUUGAAGCCUUUGCUCUCAUGGCUGAUGACUUGAAGUUUGUUGCUUCCCAAUUUCGACGUCUUCACAGCAAACAGCUCCAGCACACUUUCAGGUUCUAUUCCUCCCAAUGGAAGACAUGGGCUGCAUGUUUCAUACAAGCAGCUUGGCGUCGAUACUGGAAAAAGAAGAUUGAGAGGUCAUUACGUGAAGCAGAAGACAAGCUACAAGAUGCUUUUGUAAAUGAGGAUGGAUCCUCUCUAAGCCUUGGUGCAACCAUAUAUGCAUCAAGGUUUGCUGCCAAUGCAUUACGAACCUUGAGAGAAAAUAGCACACGCAACAGAAUGUCACCGAGACUCCUACCUCUGUUGCCACCAAAGCCAGCUGAGCCAGACUUCACUGCUCAGAAACACUAGGGGAGUGGUCGUUUUAAGCAAUUUAAUGCGAGUUUAAUUUUAGAUAGAAACUAAACUCGCAAAUGGGAGCAUGGUUAACAUACCCAUACUCCAUGACAGUUGUGUGUGCAUAUGUAACUUGAGAGUGUUGCUUAAGAAUUCCUUCAAUAACCAUUUGUGGAUAUGUACUAGCAAGAGUUCACUAUGAAAAUUUACUAAUUUUGAACGUUUACACUAUGCUGGUUCUAUAAGACAAGUAUAUUCAUGCUGAAGGGGGAGCAGCUGAAGAAUGAAUUUCCUGUAGA